AUGAAUUUUAAAAAUGAAUCUCAUGAAGAAUUAAAUAAAAAAGAUAGAAAAAAAAGACAAAAAGGAGCUGGUUAUCAUUGUCGAUGUUCACGCUUGUGUAUAUUUUUUUCCUUAUCUGCUGCUAUUUUGCUUGGUGCAGCUAUUGCUGCAGCUCUUAUUUCAUCUCUAAGCACACCGAAAACGGCAACAAAUGUUCCAACUGGUAUUUAUGCACUGCAAAUUCCAUCAUGUGCUACAUGGAACAAGACUGGAAUAACGGUGGCUGGUAAUGCAAACACAACAGCUGGCAGUGAUGCAGCAUCUCUCAAUGCUCCUGUGGGGAUUUUUCUCGAUAACAAUUACACUCUGUACAUUGCCGACCGAGACAACCAUCGAAUUGUUAAAUAUGCUGUUAAUGCUACGACCGGUGUUGUUGUGGCUGGUAAUGGAACUCCCGGAAAUAGUCCCAGUCAACUGAGAUCGCCGAAAGGCGUUGCCGUUGAUCAGAUGGGUGCCAUUAUCGUUGCUGACGGAGGAAAUUUUCGAAUACAACGUUUUCCUUUUGGUUCCACAGUAGCAACGACAGUAGCUCUCAAUAGUUCAGCAAAUUUACUUGGUGAUAUGCGAGAUUUACAUAUAGAUGUUAAUAAUAAUAUCUAUGUAACAGAUUCAGAUUACAGUCGAGUUGUUAAAUUUUAUCCAAAUAAUGGAAUUGGUGUUAUUCUAGCGGGCAACAGUGGAGCAGGUUCUGCAGCUCAUCAGCUUCAGGGCUCAUAUGGAAAUUUUAUUGAUGGCAAUGACACGUUAUAUGUAGCAGACUCUGGAAAUCAUCGUGUUCAGAUGUGGCCAGCCGGAGCAACAAAUGGAACCACUAUAGCCGGUAUCACAAAUACACCUGGUUCAGGUUUAUUGAGAUUGAAGAGUCCCAUGCAGGUUAUUGUCGAUAAUAAUGGAUACUACUUUAUAGCCGAUUCCGGAAAUAACCGAAUUGUUAAAUGGACUAGUAACUAUGCAGCAGGUGGUACGUGUAUUGCUGGUUGUACUGGUUCAGUAGGAAAUGCAUCAAACCAAUUAAAUACUCCACGAGAUUUAAAAUUUGAUGCAAGUGGCAACUUGUAUGUGAGUGAUCGAGAUAAUAACAGAGUUCAAAAGUUUAUGCUUGAAAUACCAGCAAAUUGUUCUAUUAGUAAGUAG